AUGCUCUGUCUCGUCGCCUCGGCUCUCGCAUUCAGGCCGGUGCACGUUUGUCAGCUCACGCCUAGCACGAGCUCGGCGGUGAUGCGAACGCCGCGCGAGCGGAAGCUCGGAGGCGGCAUUGCGCAGGGUCUCGGGCUGGGCAAAGAGAAGAACAAGUGGGUUACGCCGGUGACUGCGCUUGCGCUGGCCGGCGGUCUCACCGAAGGAUUCGUCGACGACCUCUUUGCUCCGAUUCGCGCCAAGGGCGGCUGGGGCGGCGUGGUGGGAAUAAAGACGCCGGGCGCCGAGGAGGCCAGGGCCAUCAAGGAGGCGAACAAGUCGCCUACAAGGAGGGCGAUGGAGGAGAAGAUCAAGGCACGCGAGGCGGCGCGCCUGCAGGCCUUUCCUCCGCCGUGA